AUGCAGACCAAACACUUCUUUUCCGACCCCAACCACUUGGUCGUCACGGCCUUGAAUUCACUCACCCUCACAAACCCAUCAUUGGCUCUAGACAAACAAAAUAAGAUCAUCUUCCGCCGUCCAGAUGCACCCCGCAGAGCAAACAAGGUCUCCAUCGUGACCGGUGGUGGCUCAGGCCAUGAGCCUGCAUUUGCUGGCUUUGUCGGCCAUGGUCUAUGCGAUGCCUCGGUCGCAGGUACUAUCUUUGCCUCACCUUCUGCCGAACAGAUCCGCCGGGCAGCGAUCGACCGUGUCCCCACCGAAGACGGUGUCUUCAUCAUUCCCAUGAACUAUACCGGUGAUGUGCUGAACUUUGGAAUGGCGGCGGAGAAGUCUCGUGCUGCGGGAAUCCGCACCGAGUUCUUUGCAAUCAAUGAUGAUGUUGGUGUCGGCCGCGUGAAGGGCGGCAAGGUCGGUCGUCGUGGUAUUGGUGGCGGUGUCUUGAUCUUGAAGAUGGUGGGUGCUUUGGCUGAAGCUGGUGGCUCAUUGGACGAUGUCUAUGCUCUGGCCCAGCUCGCCAACAAGAACCUGGUAUCGCUCGGCUCAUCCCUGGAACAUGUCCACGUUCCUGGCCGUGGAGUCCCCGAGGAAACUAUCCCACAUGGCGAGGUUGAAGUGGGCAUGGGCAUCCACAAUGAGCCGGGUUCCCACCGUACCAAGUUCAACCUGGUCGGCCUGGUGCAGGGAAUGCUUCUUCAGCUCCUUGACCACAAUGACCCGGAUCGCUGCUACGUCACCCGUAAGCCGGAAGACCAGUUCGUCCUGCUGAUCAACAACCUUGGUGGUGUGAGCCCACUCGAGCUGGCUGGUAUCACCGAUGAAGUCUACCGCCAACUCAAGAGCGACUACCAAGUCAACAUGGUCCGCGUGAUCCAGGGUACAUUCCUCACAAGUCUCAACGGACUCGGCUUCAGCAUUUCGCUGAUGAAGCUUGUUGACGCUGGAUUCGGCACUGGAAAAUCAAUGCUCGAGCUCCUCGACGCUCCAGCCGAAGCAGUCGGAUGGUCUGCCCCAAUCAACACCUCAACCUGGGAUAACCGCAACGACAACCCAGUGGAACUAAAGGACUCCAACCUCGCAGAAGCCAUCCAUGGAAACCUUCAACUCGACCCAUCAAUCCUCCAAAAGGUACUAGGCGCAGGUCUCGAGCGCGUCAUCCGCGCCGAAGCAGACGUAACCCGCUACGACACCAUCGUCGGCGACGGCGACUGCGGAAUCGGUCUCAAGCGUGGUGCCGAGGCCAUCCUCGCCCUCCUCAACAACACCUCAACCCCAAUCACAUCCGACCUCCUCUCGACACUGGCUCGCAUCGUCACUGUCGUCGAAAACGUCAUGGACGGCACAUCCGGUGCCAUCUAUGCCAUUUUCCUGAAUGCCCUGGCCCAUGGUCUCCGUGCACAAGACCCCUCAUCUCCUGCGCCUGUGACUACAGAAAUCUGGGCACAGGCUCUUAAUUCAUCCAUCGAAGCUCUGGGCAAGUACACACCGGCUAAGAAGGGUGAUAGAACACUCGUUGAUGCGCUGGCGCCUUUCAUUGAGACUUUGUCUGAGACUGGUGAGGUGAGGGUUGCGGCUGCUGCGGCCCAGCAGGGUACUGAGUCUACGAAGGCUAUGAAGGCCAGUCUGGGGAGGAGUGUUUAUGUUGGUGGUGAGUCGAGCUGGGUUGGUAAGAUUCCUGACCCUGGUGCUCAUGGACUCUCGGAGUUUUUGACCGGCAUUGCGGAGGCUAUCUAG